AUGUCUGCAUCAAAAAUAAAUCCAACUUAUUAUGGUUACGUUGGAUCUACUAAAGAUGCAUUAUUAAUUAUUCAAGAAGCAUUAAAUAAAAAAUUGGAAUUUAUAACAAGAAGACCUCAAGAUAGAGAAAGACAAGAAUUAAUAAAAUCUGGAAAUGUAUUUGUAUUUAUUGAAGAACAAAGUGGUAUAAAAAGAUGGACUGAUGGUACUGCUUGGUCUCCUUCAAGAAUAUUAGGAAGAUUUUUAGUUUAUAGAGAAUUAGAUAAAAAUUCAUUAGAUGAAAAUGAUAAAAAGAGAAAGAAAAGAAAAAUAAGUUAUAAUGGUGAUUAUAAUAAUAAUGAAUCACAACAACAAACACAAAGUAAUACUUCACAACAUCAACAAAAUUCACAACAACAAGAUUAUCAAAAUCAAAACCAAAAUCAAGCUGGAUUAAUACCACCAAACACAAUACCUGCAUCAAAUAGUUAUAGUAGUACGGAUUAUAAUAAAGGUUUAUUAAGUGGUCCAUUAGUUACUUCAUAUGUUUUUAAAGAUCAAGGAUUAAUUAAAAAAACUUUAUCACUUACAACAAAAACAAGAGAUUUACAUUUAAAUAAAUUAAAUGAACAACAAACAAUACAUUUAAUAAGUUAUUAUAACGCUCAAGAAGUUAUGAAUAAUAGAUUACAUAGACCAUCUGAAUAUGAUUUAAGUAAUGUUAAUUUAUCACAAAAUCUUUGGACAGCAGUAAAAGAAAGUUCAUUAGGUGGUAAAAUUCCAAAUGAAGAUGAAGCAUUUUAUUUUCUUGAUGGAAACUAUCAAUUACAAAAUAUGUCACAUUUACAACAUCAACAACAACAACAACAACAACUACAGCAACCACAAAAUAAUUAUUCUCAAUUACCAUUAAAUCCAUUACAACAACCACAUUCUUUACAACAAUCAUCACCUCAACAGCCACAACUACAACAUCAACCAGAUAGAAUGGGAUAUCCUAAAUAUAGUAAUGGUAAUCUUAUGAUGAAUCCACAACAACAACCUCAAUAUUUACCAACAGAUCCACAUGUUAAAAGAGAAGAUGAUCCAAAUAAUACUGGUGAAACUACAUUCUUAAAUCCAUUUACUGGAUCUCAACAUCAAGUUCCAACUGCUGGAUAUCCAAAUAAUAAUAAUACUAUUCAUAACCAACCACAAACUCAACAAUCUCAAAAUACAAAAUCUCAACCACAAUUAGAUCAACCAUUCAAUCAUGUUCCUCAAUAUGGUAAUUAUAUACAACAACCACCUCCAAAUAACAACAAUCAUCAAUUGAAUUCAAAUCCUCAAGAGUUAUAUCCAUCCUAUCAUCAUAAUAUAAGUCCACAACAGUAUUCAACUCAUCAACAACAACAAGCUACAACAUCAACUCCAUCAAAUGUCGGCAUAUCUCAACCACCACCUCCACCACAAUCGAUAACUGGUUAUUCAACAUAUCCAUAUCAAAGUAAUGAUCCAUAUUAUAACAACAACAAUAAUUCAUAUCAUAAUUCAAUAUCAUCAUCAUCUAAUCAAACUAGUUUUUCAAGUAUUCCAACAACAAAUAAUUCAAGUAUAUCAUCAACAAAUUCAAGAAAUUUAAGUAGUGGUAGUAAUAUUAAUAAUUCAUUAAGUUCAGGAAAAUUACCAACAGCAAAACCUUUAAAAAAUCAACAUUGGUCAACUAAUGAAAAUUUACCACAACAACCACAACAAUUACCACCACAACAACCACAUCAACAGAAUUCAGUCACUAGUAAUAAUAAUGACUACGAACAACAACAACAACAAUCGAAUUCAAAUUCCUCGAGUUCUUCAGUAAUACCAACUAUGAAUAAUCAAGUAACUAAUAAUCAAUAUAUUCAUGGUUCUUAUCCUCAACAGCAACAACAACCAGGUGGUGGCUCUUAUUAUGUAAAUCAUCCACAACAACAUCAACAACAUCAACAUCAACCAAAAUGGGGUAAUUCAAAUUUAAAUUCUACUGUCAAUAAUACAACUACGAAUACUACUAAACCUGCUACGACUACAACUACAACUACAACUAGUGUUGGAGGUCAAAAUAAUGAUGUUUAA